GCUCUGCCCGGCUUCGCGGGCUCCCCGCGCCCGGCCUCUGCGCUUCUCGGAGCCCCGGUAGCGCGGCGGCCCUUAGGUACAGGGUUCGGUCUGCAGCACCCGGCUGCGAGGCCUGGCUGGCCAUUCCGUUUUUUUUUUUUUUUUUGUUUUUUUUUUUUUGGAACCUUGGGCACAUUGCUGUCAGUUCCUCGUUUGUAAAAAUGGGCUUGAUAAUAUCUGCCUGCGGGUGGAAUAAAUGUCGGUGUGCCUGACUGCGGGGCUGUGUCUGCGCCUGGCGGUUAGCAGGGCUCGGGUAGUUGUGGGAACAGUCGGCUGUCAUCACUGCCUGAAUUUUGACAGCAACCAGGUACACUGGCCAAGCUCUGCCCUCUGGCCGGACAGGCAAACCUCUGCUCCAGUAAGAGCCUCCCUAGGCGGAGCUGGACUGCUUUCAGAGUGGACUGCCAAGUGGAAGGGAGAGAAAAGAGAGAUGGAAACCUUCAAAUCUGGGGAUAAAAAGAGGGUCCUUCCCACAUGGAUGACAGCCCAGGUGGCCGAGAAGAGAAAGGUGCCCGUGAAGACCCCGAAAGCGAGGACAUCAGCAGCAAUGCCAAGGGCUGCCGCCGCCGCAAGACUUCCUGCCACGAGGACUGUGUACUGCAUGAGUGAGGCCGAAAUGGUGGAUGUCGCCCUGGGGAUACUGAUUGAGGCCCGGAAACAGGAACAGCCCUUGGAGCCACCGACUCCAGCUGGCGCUGAUAAGCCGGAGCUGUCCCGGGCCCACUCCGCUUUGUCACCGUCACCGAGCUCUCCUGGGAGGAGAAGUGAGGACGAGGACAAUGAGAAAGACGCCCUUCCUCCAGGCCACAGCCCUCGGGGGCCCGCGGGGUCUGACUCUGCCCGCAGCAGAAGCCCCGAGGAGGACGAGGACAUGUUAAAAUACGUCAGGGAGAUAUUUUUCAGCUGAACGGACAGGCUUCCCAGGACUUUCUACCCAGAGCGCUGGAGGAAGCCGGCCUCCCCUCCCUCCCGGGGCCCGCCAGCCGCUCCCGCUCCUCCCUGGCAGGCAGUCACCUCCUUGGGGAGCUGCCCUGUUGAGUGUGUGCAAGUGAGGAAUCCAAAUGCGCUUCCGUCAGAAUUUCUCCCUGCGCUCUGUGCCUUCUCCACUCGGAGGCCGUGGUUUUAUUGGCCUUCCAGGUCCAGGGAAGGUGGGGACAUGGUGGCCAAACUUAUUGGAACCGAAGAGCCAACUUAAUAAUUUUCAACAAAAAAGAGGCAUUGCUGCUAAGUGCACUGGAAUCCCCACCGUCUGGUCCCCCUGAUCUUCUCUCCCUAAGGAGGACGGCUGUUCUGAACACAGUCGUCCCCCCCCCCCCCCACGCCAGGCAGGUGCCCCGCCCACAGUGCUCUGCUCUGUGUGAGAUCUUGAAACUCUGUGGGCAGAUCGGAAGCCCCCCUCCCCCAGGCAGCCACCGUCCUGCCACUUGGAGGCUCAGCCUCAGUCCCUGGGCAGUUGUAAAGGAGCCCUGCGAAGACCCUAAAGACCAGAUCACACCGGAGUCCGUGUUUCUGACUCUAUUCAGUGUGGUUUUUGACAGGCACAGAAUGAGGCAGUCAUUUGCUGUAUAGGUUUUCCAAUAUACAGGUGCUGAAAAAUACAAACAGUUCCCCAGUGUG